CUGUAAUUAACUAAGAGACCAAAUUCUGAGCGAUGUUAAAGUCGAAGUUGAACACGAAACCACGCUUCCUUACGUUAAUUAAGCUAUAUCUGUUCACUCUCUCCGCUCACAAUGAUAUAUACCCAUCAGUUCCUACUACUCUUACUGAAUUGAUUCAGAGAAGAAGAAGAAGAAGAGUCGCUUCUCAUGGUGAAAUCAAGCAUUGCCAUGGCCUGGUCUAUGGCUUUGCUGCUCGUCUCUGUGGUCCAAGAUGGUUGGGCGGCGACCACGUUUACUGUGACGAACAACUGCGGCUUCACGGUGUGGCCGGGGGCACUGUCGAACGCCGGCGACGCGGCGCUCUCGACGACGGGGUUCGCGCUCCAGCCGGGCGAGUCGAAGGGGGUCGACGCGCCGGCAGGGUGGUCGGGCCGGUUCUGGGGCCGCACCCUCUGCGCCGCCGACGCGGAUGGCCGGUUCGGCUGCGGCAGCGGCGACUGCGGCUCGGGGGAGGUGGAGUGCUCCGGGGCAGGGGCGGCGCCGCCGGCGACGCUCGCGGAGUUCACCCUCGGCGGGGGGUCGAAGGCGGAGGACUACUACGACGUGAGCCUGGUCGACGGGUACAACCUGCCGGUGGCGGUGGCGCCGCGCGGCGGCGGCGAGGGUUGCGGCGCGACGGGGUGCGCGGCGGACGUGAACGGGGUGUGCCCAGCGGAACUGAAGGUGCUGCUGGUCGCGGGUGGGGGAGAGGAAGGACGACGACCCGAAGGAGGGGCGGUCUGCAGGAGCGCGUGCGAGGCGUUCGGGACGCCGGAGUACUGCUGCAGCGGAGCCUACGGGAGCCCGGAGACGUGCCGGCCGUCGUCGUACUCGGAGGUGUUCAAGAGGGCAUGCCCGAGGGCGUACAGCUACGCCUACGACGACGCCACCUCUAUCUUCACCUGCGCCGGCGCCGCCGAGUACGUCAUCACCUUCUGUCCCAGCGCCGCCGCCGCCGCCGCCACGAGCCAAAAAUCUUCGGGCCAAAAUCCCGACGCCGGCCGGCAGCCCUCGAUGGUGUUCCUCGGCAACGAGUUCAGCAAAGCAAAUCCAUCAAACUCCGAUUCCCACGUCACCGUCCGUCUCGCUUUGCUCAUUCCACUUUGGGUUUAUUUCAGUUUGAUAAACAGGAAUAUUAGAAGACGUUGAACAUGCGGCGGAUCGGCAAUUUUCGUAAGGUAGUUUUAACUCGAGAUCGACUGCAUAUGAAGGCGACGGCCGCAGAAGGGAUAAGAAAGAAGAGAUUCCGGCGGUGGAGGAUAGAGAUUUGAUAGAGAGAGGCUGGCUGUCGGGGAGAGACAGUGAGGUUUGCAUUUUGAAUUAUUGAUUUGGAUGAUUGAAUACAAAAUAUUAUUAUUCGCAGU